UUCCAUCCCGCCUAUAGCGGCGAGGAUAAAGUCUGAGAAAGCCAAGCUUAGUAAUCAAAUUAUCGCCAACCGUGCUGCACAAGGCACUGAGCGGCUGCUUUCCCUUCCACGGCGAGGUACGCCAGCUGUCGAGGUCUUGUCGGAGCUUCGCAAGCGUGCGGCUAGGGACGUGCAGCUGCUGCGCGAUGGCGAGUCCCCUCUGAGCGGUGCCGUCUACAUGCCGGCUCGGGGCCUACACCGCGCGUUGUUGGACGACGUGCACCGCCUCUUCAGCCUCACCAACCCGCUUCACCCGGACGCCUUCCCCAGCGUGCGCCAGAUGGAGGCGGAGGUGGUGGCGGUGACCGCGGGGCUGCUGGGAGGCGGGCUGGGAGGCGCCAACCCCAACGUGUGCGGCGCCAUGACGUCUGGCGGCACGGAGAGCAUCCUGUCUGCUGUGAAGGCCAGCCGGGACUACAUGGCGCAGCGGAAGGGCAUCCGCAAGCCCGAGAUGAUUAUCGGCGUUUCCGCGCAUGCAGCCUACUGGAAGGCGGCAGAGUACUUCAAGAUCAAGCUGCACGUGGUGCCGGUGGGCCGCGACUUCCGGCUCUCCGCUGCCGCCGUGCGCCGCCGCAUGAACCGCAACACGGUGCUGGUGGUAGCCUCGGCGCCCGGCUUCCCGCAUGGAGUGGUGGACGACGUGCAGGGCAUCGCGCGGCUGGCUGCCUCCUCUGGCGUGUGCUGCCAUGUGGAUGCAUGCCUUGGCGGCUUCUGCCUGCCCUUUGUGCGGAAGCUGGGGCGCAGGGUGCCGCCCUUCGACUUCCGGGUCCGCGGCGUCACGUCCAUGUCGGUGGACACGCACAAGUUCGGCAUGGCGCACAAGGGCACCAGCGUGGUCCUCUACAGCUGCCGCGAGCUGCGCACCCACCAGUACACCCGCGUCACGGACUGGUCGGGUGGCCUGUACAUCUCGCCGGGCCUGGCGGGCAGCCGCCCCGGCGCACUCAUCGCCUCCGCAUGGGCCUCCCUGGUGCACCUGGGCGAGGAGGGGCUCAUGGCCGCCACGUCCGCCAUCCUGGCCGCACGAGACACGCUGGUUCAGGGCAUCGCCAACCAGAUCCCCGAGCUUGAGGUUCUGGGCGAGCCGGAGAUGGGCGUGGUGGCAUUCCGAAGCACCGUCCGGGAGGUUGACAUCUUCGUGCUCAACGACUGGCUAACCGCCAACGGUGGCUGGCACCUGAACGCGCUGCAGGCGCCGCCCGCGCUGCACUUUUGCUUCACCGCGAUGAACGCCGACAUGGCGGGGCCGCUGGUGGGAGCGUUGAAGCGCGGCGUGGCGGAGCUCAAGGCGAUGAAGCCGGCGGAGGCCAAGGCGGCGGCGACCCGUGGGUCAGCCCCGAUUUACGGCCUGGCGAACACCACGGUUGACCGUGACCUGGUGGGGGAGUUUCUGGUGGCCUUCCAGGACGUGAUGCUGAUGCCGUGAGGGGUGGGGUGGUGGUGGGUGGGAUACGGAGGGUUGGGUUACCGAGAGGCGAGGGAGAGGGACUGUACGGGGAUAAUCGGCCGGACUCUGGACGGCAGGAGAACUAAGUACCCGGAAGGGAAUUUACGAAUGGGGGGCAGUGGUGGAGGAAGAUGAGGAAA